AUAAGAAGCGCACAGAUAAGUCCUUGUAAUAAAUAGUCUGUUCACCCACCACUCGGCAUAUCCAUACUCGGCAUAUCUCGGCAUAUACAACAUGAAGCUGCUGGUGGUAUUCCUACCCCUUGUGGCCUUUUGUGCCGCUGAUCCAAUCCCGUUGAUACCGGGGAACAACGACCACUACAUUGAGGGCGUGAGCAGAUACAUCUGGAUGCCUGAUGGUGAUGGUGUGCCACACCUGGUAGAUCUCCAUGCACCGCCUUCUGAACUUGACGACAGAAGCGGUGCCAACAAUGCCUACUGGCUUUACACCAGACGCAAUGCAAACAACCACCAACUUCUUGUUAACGGUGAUAUAAACUCCGUACGCAAUUCGAACUACCAAGCGAAUUUGCCAUUGAAAGUGGUCGUCCACGGAUGGAACAGCAAAGGAUCCUCGAAAAUGAACCCAGAAAUCACUGCCUCCAUUCUAGCCGUGAUGGACGCUAAUGUCAUCGUUGUGGACUGGAGCAAAGUAGCCAGUGGCCUUUAUACCACUUCCGUCCGUGGGGUACCGGAUGUUGGUAGACAUCUCGGACAGUUCCUCAUUUGGCUUAUCAAUAAUGCCGGCGGAAACUGGAACAACGUGCAUCUGAUUGGAUUCAGUUUGGGUGCCCAUGUUGUUGGUAACGCUGGACGCACUUGCAAUGGCCGCAUUGGUCGGAUUACUGGUCUAGACCCUGCUGGUCCUCAAUGGGGAAGAAACGCCAACGCUCUGAACCAACACGACGGUGUUUACGUUGAAUCCAUCCACACAGAUGGUGGUCUCCUGGGAAUUUUCGACCCCAUCUCUGACGCUGACUUCUACCCCAAUGGUGGAAGGAACACGCAGCCUGGCUGCUUAGAGAGCAUUUGCUCCCACAACCGCGCACCUUAUCUUUUCGCCUCUUCUGUUAGAACCAACCAUUUCAUCGGUAUGCGAUGCGCAGACCUGACCGAAGCUAGAAGAAACAGAUGUGCCGGAGCUCACCAUCGUAUGGGCAAUGCUUUAGUCAACAAACGCGGAACUGGUUUAUACGGACUUUCCACGGGUAGAAACUGGCCUUACUAGAUAGUCCA